AGUAAUAAGAUAUCAGGGAAUAAAUUCAAGCGCUGCUCUAUUUCAAAAGGAUGUGGAGGGUGCUGUAAGCAUUGAAAUUCUGAACACCUUUAGCAAAGGGAUCGUAUUUUGGGUAUUUGUCAUUAGUGUUGAGUCCAGCACUCACAUCAGAGACUGGUUGUCUCUAGUGGCAGUUGUAAUUGUGGCAAAGCUUUUUCUUCCAGUAAUGUGCAAAAUGAUUAUUUUACUAUUUAAAAAAUCAUAUGUAGUUUACAAAUGUCUCAUUUCAAAGACUAAUCAAGUUUUAUAUUAAAUAUUGUCCAUAUUGGUAAUGCAGAUUAUAAGCUCAUGUAGGAGCAUCUGUUUCUGUUUUUGUCUAGUUGGAGAUUAUCCCUUAAUCAUGCAGGGUCCAGGUGUGCAUUUUGGGAUUUGUUGACUCAGGAAAGCUGCAGAUUGCAUUAAAGGCCAGUGACAUUAUACUGUAGCUGCAUUUAGGUUGUUGUGCCUCUGAGCAAGAACUCUUGCUUGAACCACACAGUGAAAAGGAUGGCAAAAAGAAAUGUCCUCAUUACAGGUUGCUCCUCAGGAAUUGGACUGGCCUUAGCUGUAAAAAUGGCAAAAGAUGAACAGAAAAGAUUUAAAGUGUACGCCACAAUGCGGAAUCUGGCCAAGAAGGAGGCACUUGAGGAAGCUGCAGGUCGCAGGCUGGGCAAAACCCUGGAAAUAAAACAACUGGAUGUCUGCGAUGAACAGUCCAUUAAAACUUGUGUGAAUAGUAUCCCUGACAGAAGGAUUGAUGUCCUAGGCAACAAUGCUGGAAUGGGGCUUAUUGGACCAAUUGAAUGUCAGACCAUUGAUGAAAUGAAAAUGGUGAUGGAUACCAACUUCUUUGGACUGGUUCGACUCCUGAAGGAGAUUUUGCCUGACAUGAAGAGGAGAAAGAGCGGGCAUAUAGUUAUAAUAAGCAGUGUUAUGGGAAUACAAGGUAUCUUAUUUAAUGAUGUUUAUGCUGCAUCAAAGUUUGCGGUGGAAGGAUUUUGCGAAAGUUUAGCUAUACAAGCACUCAAGUUCAAACUGCAGUUAAGUCUGAUUGAACCAGGCCCAGUGAUUACAGAGUUUGAAAGAAAAGUGUUUGAAGAUGGUAUGAAAAUGGAUCUUUCAGCUGCAGAUGAGGAAACAGCUGAGAUGUUUACUAAUAUUUACCUUAAAAAUUACAAACAAAUUUUCCAGAGCCUGGGACAAAGUGCUGAGGAUGUUGCAGAGCAUACAGUAAAGAUAAUUCUUGCAGAAAACCCACCUUUUCGCCAUCAGACCAACACCUUGUACACUCCGAUGACAACUCUAAAAUACGCAGAUCCAAAUGGAGAUCUACCCAUUGAUAUAUUCUACAAAAUGGUUUUCCAUCAUGACAAAAUCUUCAGUGCAAGUCUUAACUUUAUCAAAUUGCUAAGGUGGAGAAGCAGAAAGAGCUUUGACCUGGGAAAACCCUCACAAUAAGCAUGAGAUUGUGUAAACCGGAACAUUUGUUAUAGUUACUAUUUUGUUAAAUGUCUUCACUUAUGAUUUUAUGUAAGCUCAAAGACAUUAAUCUCAAUGCAUUUAUCUUGAACUUUAGGUUGCAGGACCUUAAAAUUAAAAUCCUCUUAACUAUAGGUUUAGUCUGCUUAGUGCUUGCUUUUUAGAGAUUUGUUUUCAUGGAAACAAGCAUUGACUAAUUCUUAAGUAUUUAAUAUUAAACUGUGAUCCUUCACUUAUUAGAAUGUAACAACACAGACUGCGGUGUGUGCUGUAUGUAAAUUACUUACUGAUUCUUAACAACAGCUUUUUUUUACUUGAGUAUAGUAGUCCUU